AUGCACCGCAUCGACCGUCGAUCUUGGCCCAAUGGUGAUGAAGCCUUGGUGCCCAGACGGCGAGAGGAGCCAAGAAGUCAAGCUUUUCCAAGGCUGGUUUUGCAGUUGCUGAAUUGUCACUCCGUCCUCAGCGCGAUGGAAAAAGCUACACUCUUCCAAUGGUUGUGGAUUACUCCGCCUCAUCAUUAUUGCUGUUGUCUUGCCAGAGGUUAUCUUGCUGCCUUCGAGAGUGCCUUCGAGCUAUAUCAAAUCCACGUUCUGGGCUGCGGAACUCAUUGCUGUUCUAGCGACUUCACCUCGAGGCGCUCAGCAACCGUAAAACAUCGAAAAUCGAGGAAGUUAGCGUCAUAUACUCAUCCUCAAACCUCCAUUAGCGCAUACUACACUCCCAACAACACACCGCUGACCAUACUUCGUACACAACAUGCCCACGAUGCCAGCAAUGUCAUCCGUAAAAGCCGUCCUUCUCCCACCCAUCUUCUCCCAGACGAGCGUCUGAAUCUCCUUACUCAGCUUCUCCACACCCGUCCCCGUAAAUCAAUCGUACACCGCAAGCUUGAUGUCGGGCGUAUUGUCCUGCCAACUUCGCAUGGUCAUCCAAAAGUCAUCUCCUGCCUCCUAGUACAUACCCCGGAUGACCGCACCCGGGCUGAUGGCAUGGACCUCUGA